AUAGUUCCUGGGUACAAUGUAGUUAAGGCUUAGGUAAUCGAAACAUUUUCAAGCUUUUCCUUAUUUGGGUUAGAUGUUGACGGGAAUCUUCCUCAUUCGACAAAGACCUAUUUGUUUUAAGUUGAUACCUAUUCAUGACAAAUUGCUUUGAUAGUUUGUUACUUGCAAUUGCUUGUAUCUAGCUUAAAACCAUCGACAUGUUAAAAUGGCAAAAGUUGAACUCUCCCUUGCAGAGUGAUCAGGCUGAAUAUCAUUCUUUAAAAGACAUUAUCAAACGAGAAGAACUCCCUAUCUUGGUUCAAAUAGUCCUGCCAUGUUUCUUGAAAACUAAAGAAGUCCUAAAAAGCGAGCAAGAUGUCACGAUUUUGAAGAAAAAAAAAGUCACGUUGGUGAUGGGGAAGGAUGUGAAUGGGAUGGAAUUUAGAUUUAAUGCUUGUGAAGCAAAUACGGUUUUGAUAGACAGAUUGGUUAUUUUUUCGCCAGACAGUGUCGAAAUGUUAGCUAUGCUAUAUCCUAGAUUACUUUUCGUACCGAAGAAAGAUUUCACUUUUAGUAAUUAUCAUUUUUAUAUUGGAAAAGAAGUUGUAAUUGCUGAUUUCCACAAUGGACUGAAGCCUUCAGUACUAAUACAUGAGACAAAAAAUCCUAAUUGUAGUACGUGGGUGCCAUGCGAAAUAUUAUUACACCCAAACUUAUUUUCACCAUAUUUAGUGAAAGAAACCCUUGCAUUUGAAGAAGUUCUAAAGCCUUUCGAGCCGCAAAGCAUUCGUUUUCAUAACGCAGAGAACAAGAAGCAUUUGCCAAAUGGUAUAGUAACAUUAAAAAGUGUAAAGGUUUGCGAUUUGGUUGUUACAGCUACGACGAAAUGUUCUGGAACAUACGUUCGUUACGAGAUUUAUCCAUUAAACUCUAAAAUAAUGGCAAAAAGAUCACAAAAUGAUUUGCCAGAGCACAUGAAAGUACUUGGGAAAGAACAUUCUAAUGAGUAUCAAAGUUACCUAAAUCACAUUGAGAACCUCUUUCAUUACGAUUUGUAUGGACCUCGUUUUUAUGGAUUUUUGGAUGUAAAUAAUCAAAAGACAGACGUUGAAUCGGAACCAAUUGCAACUAGUUCAAUUCUUCAAGUUAUUAAUCAUUUAAGAAUAAAAAGAUGAUGAUCUGUUAUAAAUGUUUUGGUAAACAAUAAGCUGUUACUUGUAUUAUAAAUGUAAAUAUUUGUGCGCGAAUGAAUACCUAUUGUAAACCUGUACGAAA